GUUUUCAUCCAGGCUCUCGAAUUCCUUUAUGAGAACUGGCACGCGAGGAGGAGCGUGAUGUGACGCAUAGCAUUUCCAGUUAAAGACUGCCCUUCUCCUCCGAGGAAAUGGACGGUAGCGAUUCUUCACCAAUCUCACAUUUGUAAAAAGCGUUUUUCUAUAUAUAUAUAUUUCAGCUCAACUGGGGAUGCUAAAAAAAGUUCUGGGAGAGUAAGGAAGGACGGUGUUGGAUCGCCAUGAGUGGAGUGUGUUUCAUGAAUUGAGAAGUACUGCUUUAGCGCCCCCUACAGCGGCCAUGAGGAAAUGUCAACUGUGCGUUUAUGUUUUGCUGAUUCUAAUCAGCCAGUCAUAUACAAUAUCAGAUGCUGCAGUUCGUGGGAAAAAAUGUCCUGAUAAUGAAUACUGGAAUGAGAAGGGUUUCUGCUGUGAUAAAUGUCAUCUAGGGUACAAAUUGAAAGAGAAAUGCACUGGACCAAAUACAAGGUCCCAAUGUAUGCAAUGUGAGAAUGGGACCUACAUGGAUAACGCAAACUAUCAUGAAAACUGCUUCAGUUGCAGGAAGUGCAACAAACCUAAUUCCAUAGAGAUAAAACCAUGUACAAGCAAAAGGAACACCGAGUGUGGGUGUAAGCCUACAUUCUACUAUAAGAAAUUAGCUGACUUGGAUUGGGCAUGUUACAAAUGUAAGGAGUGUGAAAAAGGGCAGCGGAAAACUGGGGAAUGUAUUGGGGAAGAGAAUACAAAGUGCGAAUGCGAAGAAAACUAUUACAAAAAUGGCAAACAGUGUACGCUGUGUGAUACAUGUAGGCCGGAGUGUAAACACUUGUGCAUAUCCAGCACAACUCCUUACUCUAUAAAGUCCGUCAGCCCGACUAAACCUCCAGCCACGUUACCUCAAGUACUGCUCCCCGUUUGUGCAUGUAUCAUGGUUCUAGCGCUGGGAGUGUUCAUGUUAUACGAGGGCAUCAGACUAUGGAAGAAAAGGAGGCAUGCCUUGUCAUUGCAGAUACCAUCACCUGCUUCUGAAGAUAAGACAUUUAUUAUCACAGUGCCACCAGAAGCAAGAAAUGAUGCCAUUCCCUUCACAGACCAGCCGUGUGAGACAGAACAGAGCAGAAAACUCCCUGACUGCGUCCCAAGAGAGAUCAAAAUUCACGAGUUCUUCUAUUUUGUGCUGGAAGAGGUGCCUAUCGGACGUUUCAAAGAGCUUGUACGUCGUCUUGGCGUUUCUGAGCAGAACAUUGGCAGGGCGGAACAAGACCACCGGAACUGCAAAGAUGCCCACUACCAGAUGCUGAAGGUUUGGAGUGACAGUGGCAGCGGAGGAGGGAGCAAUGUUUUGCCAUGUCACCGCAUCCAGAUGUUCGUAGACACUUUGAAGGACAUGAAUUUGGUUAGCUGUGCAGACGACAUCGAGAACAGGUUCCUUUCACAGGACACGAGCACUCCACACUGAGGCCGUUGGAAGAGAAUGGAGUAAAGGGCAUUAAUAGAGAACUUAACCUUUGACCAGUUUCUAUUCCUUUAAGAAUGGAAGUGGAUGACACCAUGUCAUAUUUCCGGGUGUCUGAGGAUUUCACACUAAAUUUUUUUAUGAACAUGCAUGUUCUGUGUUUGUAUGUCAUCCGGGCUUUUGUUAGUGCUGUCAAAGUGAAUGAAUGAGGGUACUUGGGUGGUUUGGUGGUUGUAAUUUUUCAAAUAUGAAAUGGUGAAGACAUAAUCACACAUAUUCUCUCCUAGUUCUCCUUACUAUAGCACACAUCUCACAACAUGUCCAGGUCUCUCUCACACACACACUGGGACACUGGGGUCAUUCCAUAGGCGUAAUGGUUUUUGUGCUGUACAAACUGUAUUUUCUAUCCCAUCACACAAAACUUUCUGCGACUUUAGAUUUUCAAAAAACUACGUUCUGUUUGAUUCCUCAUGUGGACCAAAAAUGUCAAAAUGUACUGGUAUUAUUAUCCUUGUGGGGACAUUUGGUCCCCAUAAUAUAGGCAAUACCAGGAACAUAUAUAUAUAUAUAUAUAUAGUUUUUUGUUGUUGUUGUUUUGUUUUUGUUUUUUGAAAGAAGAUUAUGUUCACCAAGACAGCACUUAUUUGAUUAAUGCUGAUAGCAAAACAAAAACAGUCUAUAAUUGCAGUUGCAUUUGAACCCUUCAGAUGCAACUUUUGUAUAACUUGUGGUGUUGUAUAAGUGCAUUAUUCCACGGGCUAAUAUGGUGCUUCAGCUGGAACAAGCAUUAAAUUUCAAUUCUUGAAUAAAUAACCCAUAUACAUUGAAAAAAUGGUGUAGAAACAGAAAAUUCAUUGCAAAUACCACAUGGAAUUAAACAUUACAUUUUUAAGCAGAGAGACUGAAAUGGUCUUCUUGUAAAAUGUACUUCAAUGAUUUUUAUUCACAACUUUUUUUUACAGUGUGUAAUAUGGAAAAGAAAAAACAUUUAUAUAUUUUGGGGAAAAAAACAUUUUUAUAUUCUGUUUUUACAUGUAAAUGCAAAAAAGAUUGCCAUUCUACAAAUAAACUGCUUAUAUUUUUAA